AUGGCGACCGCGCUGCGCCACCCCCCUCCCUCCUCCCUCCAGCCCCGCUGGCGUGGGGCUGCGGGCGGGUGGGCAGAGUACGGAGGACAGCCGAGCUGUGCGCGGGAGCUUCAGCCCGGACCCCAGGGGAGUCGGCUGGAGCCCGCGGGGCCUGGGACUUGCGAGCGCCCUCUGCCCGCCUCCGCCCGGCCCCUGACCCCGCAGAGCGCAGAGGCAGGGCACAGGGCUGGGCGAGCAAGGCCUGGAGACGCCCGGGUGCCCCUGCCCACCAAAGGUGCCCGCUGCCUCCCUCCACCAGAGACUGUGCCAAAGCAGGCAGAAGUGGGCGACAUGGAAGACUCCUUUGCUCCUUUGGUCCUAGGAGAUCCCUCCCAACUUCUCAAUGGUAGCUGGCCCCUAAGUCAGAAUGGGAGUGAUGCUGAGGCCACUCUGGAUGCAAACUUCACCUUCUCCUCCUACUACCAGCACUCCUCCCUCGUGGCAGCCAUGUUCAUCAUGGCCUAUGUGCUCAUCUUCCUCCUCUGUAUGGUGGGCAAUGUGCUGGUCUGCUUCAUCGUGCUCAAGAACCGACACAUGCGCACUGUCACUAACAUGUUCAUCCUCAACCUGGCCAUUAGUGACCUGCUAGUGGGCAUCUUCUGCAUGCCCACCACCCUGGUGGACAACCUCAUCACUGGUUGGCCUUUCGACAAUCCUACGUGCAAGAUGAGCGGCUUGGUGCAGGGCAUGUCUGUGUCUGCUUCCGUUUUCACACUGGUGGCCAUUGCCGUGGAAAGGUUCCGCUGCAUCGUGCACCCUUUCCGCCAGAAGCUGACGGUGCGGAAGGCUCUGCUCGCCAUCGCGGUCAUCUGGGCCCUGGCUCUGCUCAUCAUGUGUCCGUCGGCUGCCACGCUGACCGUCACCCGCGAGGAGCGGCACUUCCUGCUGGACUCGCGCAACCGCUCCUACCCGCUCUACUCGUGCUGGGAGGCGUGGCCCGAGCAGCGCAUGCGCAAGGUCUACACCACCGUGCUCUUCGCGCACGUCUACCUGGUGCCCAUGGCGCUCCUGGUGGUUCUGUACGCGCGCAUCGCGAGCAAGCUGUGCCGGGCGCCGCCGGGCCCCGCGCGCGACAGCGGCGACGGCGGCGGCGGUGAGGAGGCGGCGGCGGCGGCUGAGGGAGGGCGCGCGGCGCGCCGCAGGGCCCGAGUGGUGCACAUGCUGGUCAUGGUGGCGCUGUUCUUCUCGCUGUCCUGGCUGCCGCUCUGGACGCUGCUGCUGCUCAUCGACUACGCGGAGCUCAGCGAGCCGCAGCUGCACGUGGUGUCGGUGUACGCCUUCCCCCUGGCGCACUGGCUGGCCUUUUUCCACAGCAGCGCCAACCCCAUCAUCUACGGCUACUUCAAUGAGAAUUUCCGCCGCGGCUUCCAGGCCGCCUUCCGUGCCCAGCUCUGCCCGUCUCAGUGGGGCAGCCAUCAUCAUCAGCAGGCCUACACCGAGCGGCCCGGCCGGCUCCUGCGCAGGCGGGUCCUGGUGGACGUGCAGCCCAGCGACUCUGGCCUGCCAUCCGAAUCGGGGCCCAGCAGUGGGGGUCCCAGGCCGGGCCGUCUCCUGCUGCGAAAUGGGCGCGUGGCCCACCAUCAGGACGUCCCCGGGGAAGGACCAGGCUGCCCCCCUCUGCCACUCACCACCCCAGCCUGGAACAUCUGAGAAGAUCCUAGGAAUGCCACCGGCCAGCUGGUGGCUCCUACUGCAUAGGAGACCCCUGGACACCCAGGGAUCCACACCCAGCCUAGUGUGGCAUGACAAGAGGGUGCUGGGCUGCCCCCUGCUCAAAACCAAGGCAGUGUCCAGCUGUUGAUCAUGACAUCUUUGCUGCCUCCCCCGCAGAGAGGCAAUGAAGGACAGAGAGCUAACUAUCCUUCAGCGACUUGUGAUAUUGACCAGACAACCCUCAUCUUUUUUGGUCCUGGGUCUGGAUGCUUUUGCUGAAGGCUAGCACUCUAGCACUUGAGCCACAGCUCU